ACAACUCCCGGCAGGAGGCGCACGCGCGUGCGCGGUGCGAGCGCCAGGGUAGGCAGCAUGGCUGCCCUGCGCUGGGGCCGAGGUGCGGCGGGGCUCAGCAGGGCGCUGCGGUCCCCGGGCCGCCCCUGCACCACGACCAAAGAAGGAAUCCUCGAUGGCCUCUGGGGCCCCAGAUUGAACUCGUCCGCCAGCCCCUGUGAGCAGGAACGCCGGAAGGACUGGGGCCAUGUCGAACUGCUGGAGGUGCUGGAGGCCCGGGUGCGGCAGCUGCAGGCUGAGAGCGUGUCCGAAGUGACCGUGAAGAGGGUGGAGGUUGCUCGGGUCCCGGCUGACGGCGGCAAGGCGGGUGGCACUGCACCCCCUGCGAAGGCCCGGGUGCAGCCGAGCGGGGCCUGGGCCCGGAAGCUGGAACGGGACCGGCAGCUGCUGCAGAGGCAGCAGGCACUGUUGAAGGAGGAGGCGCGGGGGCGCAGUCCGCUCCCCGCCCCCAGGCCCAAGCCCAGUGUCAAGGCUGAGGCCAAGGCCAAGGGCAGGCCCAAGCCCGAGGCCAUGGGUAAGGCUGUGGCCAGGUCAGCAGCUGCCCUAGAGGGCAAGGCCAAGCAUUCCGCUGGGUGCGUGCUGCCCCCCACCGAGCCCCAGCCAGAGUCCCAGCAGUACGGGUGGAUGGGACUGGAGCCCCAGCAGGGCACCUGGGAGCAUCGCGAGUGGGAGCGCCUGCAGCCCUGGGAGACCUCCCUGCUGCCCUGCCUGCCGCCCGCCGCCUCCCCACCGCCUGGCAGCGGCAGCAGCGCCCAGGCCUCCUCGGAACUGAGGGCGAAGGAAAAGGCCCAGCAGAACAGGCUCCAGACCUUCCUGGAGGGCUGUCUGGCCACCGGGCAGGUGGGCCUUGCCCACCACAUGCUGGUCUGCUACUUCACCAGGCCGAGGAGGCAGCGGCUGCUCGUCCCGGCCAUGUUCAAUACCGUCAUGCGUGGCUGGGCUCAGGAGGGCUCCUACAAGGAGCUGGUGUCAGUGCUGAUCAUGAUGAGGCACCUGGGCUUUGCCCCAGACCUGCUCUCCUACACCUCCAUCCUGCAGUGCAUGGGGCGGGUGGACCAGGACGUCACUACCAUCCGAAGGUGUCUGCAGCAGAUGGCCCGGGAUGGUCUGCAGCUUGAGCAGCUGUUCUCGGAGGAGAGCCUUUCCCCAGAGGAGCGGGCCGCACUGCUGCGUGCCGUGCUCAAGGCCAAGCCCAACUUCCGCCUGCCACAGCCCUGCCCACAGGUCAGCCCCGUGGAGCUGCUCCAAGAGGUCUACGCCAAGGACGGCCCCGUGUCCUACCCAAGGCUGCACCUGCCCCUGGCAGAACUGCAGGCCCUGUUCCGGCAGCAGCUGCACGUGGAGCUGGCCGGCAGCAUGCCGGUGGAGUCCGUGGAGAAGGUCUCCCCAACCCAGGAGAUCCUCCAGGCGCGCAAGAACCUGGCGGCCCUGCGCAAGACAUGGGAGGCCGAGCUGCACAGCCAGCUGCGGGCCACCAAGGCCAACCUGGCUCAGAGGUCACGCCGGGGUACUGUCACGCUCUACCCCUUCCUGUGCGUGCUCCCCGAGGAGGAGCUGGUGCAGAUCCUCCUACAGGUCCUGUUCUCGCUGCCCGCCCAGGGCGAACCCUUCGUGCACACAGCGCACCGGGUGGCCCUGCAGACCUUCCAGCGCCACAUCCUGCGGCAGAGGUCAUGCCGUGGCCACCUGCAGGCGCUGGAGCAACGCUAUGCCAAAUACCUGCGACUGCUGGCCUCCGACACCCAGGUGGCCGAGCCCUGCCUGCCGCGGCAGCACUGGGAAGCGCUGGGGCCACCUGAGCCCCCGCCGCCACAGCCUUGGCCACUGCUGGAGCUGCUGCUGCUCGGCAAGCUGCUCCUGGAGACCCUGGUGCAGGUGACGCGGCUGCCGGCCAGCCUGGCCUCCCAGCCCACGGCCGGCCACUCGGUGCCAGUGCUGUUCCACGUCUACACCUUCCGCGGCGUCCGCCAGAUCGGCCUGCUGAGGCCGCACCCCGCCUUCGUCCGGCUGGUGGAGGACAGCAAGGCGUCCACACUGACCUUCGAGGCCACGGACAUGCCCAUGCUGUGCCCGCCGCUGCCCUGGAGCUCCUCGCAGGCUGGGGGCUUCCUGCUGAGCCCCACUAAGCUGAUGCGCUCCAUAGGGGGCUCCCAGCAGCACCAGCAGCGGCUGGAGAGCUGCCCGCCCGCACAGCUGCAUGGUGCCCUGGAUGCCCUCACGCAGCUGGGCAACUGCGCCUGGCGUGUCAAUGGCCGCCUGCUGGACCUGGUGCUCGAGGUCUUCCUGGACAAGGGCUGUGCCCGCCUGGGCGUUCCACCGCCCGUCUCUGAGGCGCCGCGCCCACCCCUGGACCAGCUGGCGCCCGACACACAGCCCCACCUCAAGGCUCAGCUGCGGCAGGAGGUGGCCCGGUGCCUGAAGGUGGCCCGUGAGAUGCACGGGCUGCGGCAGGAGGCCCUAUACCGCCUGUCACUGGCCCAGCAUCUGCGGGACCGUGUCUUCUGGCUGCCCCACAACAUGGACUUCCGGGGCCGCACCUACCCCUGCCCGCCCCACUUCAACCACCUGGGCAGCGACCUGGCACGGGCCUUGCUGGAGUUCGCUCAGGGCCGCCCACUCGGGCCCCGAGGCCUCGACUGGCUCAAGAUCCACCUGGUCAACCUCACUGGGCUCAAGAAGCGCGAGCCUCUGCACGCCCGCCUGGCCUUUGCCGACGCCAUGAUGGAUGACAUCCUGGAUUCCGCCGAGCGGCCCAUGACGGGCCGGAAGUGGUGGAUGGAAGCCGACGAUCCCUGGCAGACGCUGGCCUGCUGCAUGGAGGUGGCGCGGGCUGUGCAGUCCCCGGACCCCGCAGCCUACGUCUCCCACCUGCCGGUUCACCAGGACGGCUCCUGCAACGGCCUGCAGCACUACGCUGCCCUGGGCCGAGACAGCGUGGGCGCCGCUUCCGUUAACCUGGCGUCCUCGGAUGUGCCACAGGACGUGUACAGUGGGGUGGCCGCACAGGUGGAGGUGUUCCGCGCCCAGGACGCACAGAAGGGCGUGAAGGUGGCCCAGGUGCUAGAGGGCUUCAUUGGCCGCAAGGUGGUCAAGCAGACGGUCAUGACUGUGGUCUACGGGGUCACCCUGUAUGGUGGGCGCCUGCAAAUCGAGAAGCGCCUCCGUGAGCUCCCCACCUUCCCGCAGGUCUUUGUAUGGGAGGCCUCCCGUUACCUGGUGCACCUGGUCUUCAAGAGCCUGCGGGAAAUGUUCUCGGGCACCCGAACUAUCCAGCACUGGCUGACCCAGAGUGCACGGCUAAUCUCCCAGGCGGGCUCAGCUGUGGAGUGGGUGACGCCCCUAGGUAUCCCCAUCAUCCAGCCCUAUCAUCGGGAGUCCAAGCUGGUGAUCAGAGGCGGUCUCCAGAGCGUCACCUGGAACAGCUCCGUGGAUUCUAGCCAGCAGCCCAACACGCUGAAGCAGAAGAACGGCUUCCCGCCCAACUUCAUCCACUCACUGGAUUCCUGCCACAUGAUGCUCACAGCCCUGCACUGCUACAGGAAGGGCCUGACCUUCGUCUCUGUCCAUGACUGCUUCUGGACGCAUGCAUGUGACGUCUCCAUCAUGAACGAGGUGUGCCGCGAGCAGUUUGUCAGGCUGCACAGCCAGCCCAUCCUGGAGGACCUGGCUGCCUUCUUGGAGCGGCGCUUCUGCCGGGAGGAUGAGGACGGCGCCCAGGCCCAGGGUGACACUGGGCACAGCGCCAAGCUGCUGGAGAUGCUGCGUGCCGUGCCCCAGAAAGGAGACUUCGACCUGCAGCAGGUGAAGGGCUCCACCUACUUCUUCAGCUGACCAGCGCCCGCCCCUGCACAGUGUAAAUAAAGUCUGUCCCCCCUCA